AAGGAAGAGAACAGUUUGUCUAUUGACGAAACCCUCAAGUUAAUGCCCUGUUGCCCACGAUGUAUUUUACGACUUCUUGGAGAAAGAGACACCGACUCAUACACAGACAGUGUUGAGGUAAAACGCCGAAAUCCUAUCGUAAAUUAUCUAUCAAUGGAGUGCCCUCGUGGUGUACCCAGAAUCCGAAGCCUUUAGACUUAAUAGUGUGGCACCGGUACAAUGGUUUUUUUCGGCGGUGGGGUCAGUUGAGUUGCACAUCUCCCUGAUCCUCAUAUCUUCCCUACUCUCAAUUUGUCCUCACUCUUUUAAAUUUUAAACCCUCUUUCCCCAUUUUAUCCACACAUCAUGCACAAUACAUUUUUGUUAUUUACUUAUAACUCACCUAGUGUUGAACUCGCUAUCUGAAGUUCUCUAUCGCUGGACUACAACGACCUCGCAAAGACCUCUGCACUAUAGUUUUUUUAAAAAAUAUUUGUCAUUUCCCACCUCCGCCCUUCAUGACUUUAUUUUCAUUUACAAAUAGUUUUAUUUCUAUUGUAAGCAGUUUUAUUUCUGUUGUAAACAGUUGUAUCUAUAUUAUUAAUAGUUUUACUUCGAAUUGUCUGAUUAGAAUUUCAUCUCUUAUUCUAUUUUUUUAAAUUCACUUAUCCAUUUAUCUAUAUUUCAUUGUGGCAUGCCAGUGAAGUAGCUUGUGCAGUCUUUUAAACUUAACCAAACAGCUAAGUGCAUGGUUCCACUCUGAAUAAACUAUUGUAUUAUGUUUUGCAUGUAUUGUAUGUCAUUCUUUAGAGAGAAAUCAAGAGCAUUUGUGUAGCUUGUCUUGGUAUCUUGGAAAAGGCUAAUGAAAGUGCUUUCAUUGAUAAGGUAAGUUUGAUAGAGAUGAGUUAAAUUGAUAUCCUGUCCAUGCUCUUGUUCUUGACAUGGAAAUAUUUUUAUCUACAGGGCAAGGGUUUCUUUCUUUCUUUCUUUAAAAAAAGGGAAAAAAUAAUGAAAAAAAUAAUGAUCCAAUAAUGAUCCAAAGUGAUCAAAAGAGAUGUUAUUAGGAGAAAAAUAAGAUGUAUCAUCAUAUGACCUGUGCAGUCCUGAUUAUGCUUUUAUUGCAAAACAUUUGACAAAAAUCCCUGUAGGUCAGGCUGGGUGGGAAAGUUUUUGGCUCCUUAAGUCAUGAUGUAGUGUAUGGUUUAAAACCUAACACAACAGUUGGCCAUGCAAUGUAGUUGUUCUGUUUAGGGUAUUGUCUUGAAAUUAAUCCUUUCACUCCCAAGAUCUUAUUAGUAAUUCUCCUUACUGUCUGUUAUACAGCUCUUGUGAUGUUAGUUCAUAGAAUUUGGUAUUGAAUCAACUAAUAAUCCCUUGACUGAUAUUUUUCUAUAUUCUCAUCACUUGCAUACUUGAUAUUGUACUGAUAUUGUAAGGAGAAAUUCUGCCUUCAUCACUCAUGGGAGUUAAAGGGUUAAGAGUGUUGUGGCUGAGAAUUCCUGAGAUAUUGACAGCCUUAAGAGAGGUCAUUAUCAGAGUCAACUGAAGAGUUGUUCAGCAGUACUUCUCUGUUUAUUUUAGAUACAAUCAGCAGUCAAGAGUAGUGGUCAUCAGUUUGAUAGUUUUGUGUUGGCUGUUUCUGUGUCGCAUUCCUUGACUCUUCGCCAGGUAUGGUCCAAUGAGUAAUUAAUACAUUAAUUCAAUCAGUAUGAAAUUACAUCUUUAAUUUUUGAGUUAGAUCAUUCGCUAAAUAUAAUUUUUGUGGUUGAAAAAAAUUUCAAAAUAAUAUAAAAUCAUUGUGUAGAUAGUUGAUUGAAAAUAACGUCUUUAUUUGUUAUCACAACAAGUGAAACCCAAAAUUUGACCCUGCUUAAGAAUAAGUGUAAAACUGAAAGUGUAAUCCUGAGUACUUUUGUUGCAUGUAUAUCUUAGAAGAGACUUUUUAAUUUUGUUUAUAGCACUCAUUAUCCAUAUUUCUACAAGAAAAAUUCAGGUAUGUGUUGUUGGAUGGCUUUCCUUUACUCAGACAAUAAUUUUUCUUAAUGAUUUAACUGUGGCAUGAAGACAUAUGGUUGGUUGCGUUUUAAUCUGCACAGUUCGCUGAGCUUGAAUUAUCUCGUUGGUCUUUUAUUCAGAGGAAGAUUUAAGAAGUAGGCUUCCUUGCUUGGCUGAAGAAAAAUGGCUGUGAACAGAGUAUUGGGAUGGUUCAGGGAUAUUUUGAGGCACUUCCUCAAAAUGUACCUGUCCUUUGACUGCGGUGAACAUGUUUUGUGAUGUACAUCCUUUACCUAAAGGUUAAAUUUAUAUUUCGGAAAAUGCAAGAGGGCCAAAUUCUUGUUUUCCUUUAUGGGGCUUUUCUAAGUACUAUUAUUUUGUUUGAUAAUGUGGGAUAAAUUUUGUUAUUUUAUCCUCUUGAUAACUAUUUUCUUUUGGUUUGUGUUACAGUUCAGCAUUUUCCAGAAAGGAACUGGAUGAGAUCCCAAGAGUCAAGGAUGUGUUCAAAUGGGUUCUUGGUCCAAAACUAGAGGAAAGAUUACAAGUUAACUAUAAGCCAUUGGUAAGUUCUAGAGAUCAGGUGUGAUCUUCAAUCCAAACUAGAAAUGGAAGACAAGAAGGUUAGGGAGAAUUGAACAAGAUCAGCAAAGCAAAAGCAAUUGUGUAAGGGUCUAUUUGGUUACAUUUGGAUGUUAACCCUUUACACCCUGAGAGCAGUAAGCAUAUUCUCUUUACUGUUAUAUACAUUUCCUUCCAAUGACAAGAGGAAUUAGUUUGACUGUCAAGAGCUUCUUCAGAUGGUGAUCAUUUCCUUCAUUCUCAUGACCUUAAUGGUGAUUCAGCAGUGAGAUUGUGUGAAGAAAUUAGAUGCUAGUCACUCUCAGGCUUACAAGGUUCAAGGUAGAAGGAGGAAAUAGAUAUUUUUACUAACUCUUGCUUGUAUUUUUUACAGGUUAACCAAGCUCAAAGUCUACUAUCCUCUUUCCUCGGUUAACACAUUCCUCAUGAUUGACAUGGAAUAUUCUAACAGGGUGCCAUAUGCUUGUCAUACAUUACAAGAGCACAAUCUUCCCUUCCCCCCCCCCUCUCCCUUGGCACUGUGCCUUUAUAUAUUUACUCUUAAUCAACUCACACUAUUCCUGUUUGGUUAAAAGAAAAAGACUGCCAUACAAGCCAGUGGUAAAGGGUCUGACCUUAAAUUCUAAAGCUCUGAGGUUUGAAUCCUCAUUAGCAACUAAAAUUUUUCCCAUUAGUUUUUGUGGUGCUUGAAAACACUUUUGAAUGAUUGAUAGAAUUUUUUAUUUCUUCUGUAGAGCCCCUUCAAGAUCUCAUUGGAUUUUACCCAUAAAGAUGCAGAGAGAGAGGUUGAGUUUCUGUAAGUACUUGCAUGUACCUAGGUAAACAUUGAAUAUAACUUUUUUAAUUUCUUUUAUCUUCAAACGUCCAAUAGAGAGGAAGGUCUGCAACAGGAAAUUAUGUUGAUAUUUAUUUGUAUUAUUUCUCAAGCAUAGAAAUUUGAUGAUGUAAGUAUUCAUCCUGUAUGGUAAGCCAUGAGAUGGGUUUUUGUUUGAUGAAGGAUUUCUACCUUUUUUCCUGUAAUGAGCAGAAAUGAUUCACCAAAGUCAAGGCUGCGACAACGGAGGAAACGACAUAAAACAGAAGUAAGUCGUUUAUUAGAUCUAUGACUUCACUUUGCUUUGAAACAGUCAGAAAAGUUGUAACAAUUAUGCUGCAAGCUGAUUAUCUUUAAAUGUAUCUAUAUGGUGGUUUCAAUUGUGGCAACCAGUUUCAAUUCAUUUUUAUUUGCUUCAGACUAUGUUGGUGAGUAGAAGAAACAUUAAAAAAAAAUUUAAAAGUCAAAUUGGAAAGUGUUGAAAGCGCGGGAAAACGCGAGUGACCAAGUUGCCAUUGGUUUUAGUAUCGAAUUCUGAUUGGUUGAGAGGAUGCCGCGGGUUUUUUUGAGACCAAUCAAAGCGCAAGUAAAGCAAAACCAAAGAGAUCCCGGAUUACUCGUAACACUCAGUUGAAAUGUCCCUCUUUGGUUUUCUGGCAGAACAAUCCAGAGGAAGGAAAACUUUCAUCGUCAUCUGUCAACAAAGCUCUUGCGGAACUAUCAACUGUGGAUCUCCUAAAAAGGUAGCUGUGACACUACUUAAACAUUUUAGCAGUGCAGUUUUACCGAUGUUUAUCGCUCUGACGUAGGGCUAACGCUCGAAACUUCAGCUUUGAAACUCUUUACGGUUGCUAGUUUACGUUAUCAACGCAGUUGAUAAAACCAAAGUAUCUUGUUAUUCUCCCCAACCGAUGCAGCACCAUGGUUCUUUAGAAACUUACCCUCUUUUUCGAUUUUUUUAUUUCUGUUUCCUCUUUACGUCCUUGCGUAGAAAAAGAAGAAAGACACGAUUUUUUUCUCGGUCGUCGAGUGAAAAAGUUGAAGGAAAUAUUUACUCCAAUCUCUUUCCCCUGCUAGCUGACUCUUUGAUGUUAAUCCUGUUUAUUUUCCUUCAGAGUCACCGACUGCCCACCAAAGUCAGCUCAGUCACCCAUUGAGUUAUCACAGAUAACAUGUGGUCACGAUUCCAUCUAUAUUGCAGGUUUGUAAACAAUAAAUAUUGGAGGUGCACUUGAUGGGAUCGAAGAUUUUGGGAAGAAAUCAUUCACAUACUGAUUGUUUUGUUUAAUUAUAUUUGUAUGGACUUUAGGAAGAUACAACAAGUAUUCACGAACUCUUCCUCAAACGCCUUGGUUAAUCGACAACGUUCGACUCCGCGAGUCGUCAGUUGAGGUAAUGUUUAACCUUAAAACUUGCACAGUUGAUGAACAUGUAAUCUUUCCUUUCAAACUUAAUGCGUAAACAAGAAAACAGCUGAAGAGAAGAUACAAAGCUAUCAGCUACAUGGUUAUUUUAAAUAUGAAGUCAAAUUCUCCCAAACGUAUGCACAAGGAAAUGUAUAGUAGUGAGAAAGGAGAAGAAAUAAUCCUGUCAUACACAUUUUAGAGAUAGUAAGUCGUCGUAAAUGAAGUGGUUAAUUCAGGUUUUCAAUAACUUUUUUCAUAAGCGACUGCCAAUUAAUGGUGUAAUGGGAGGCUAAACAGACGGCUGUAAGAGGUCUUAUGGGCAGCGGUUGAGUCAACCGCUUGGCACCGGCUUUGAUUGAAACCUCUGUCUAAUGGGAAUGUUUCCUAAUUCUAAACCGGAUUAAAUGAAAUGAACGUCAUUAAGUUCUGUCUAACAUCUUUCCUUCAAUAUCGUGUCGUCUGCUUUUCUGCAGGAAAAAAUAUGUGACCACUUGACAGCCAAGGUCAAAUGUGACGGUAUGUAUCCACUGUGUGUUGUGAGGGGGUAGGGUGGGUACGAGUUGUUUAUUAGACAUGUGAUAAGGACGCUGAUACGUGUUGGAGCGGCUGGGUUUGAGAUCUUACUGUUUUCUUUAUGGGGAGGAAAAUAUGUUAGGAAAAGUCACACCUCUACUUCCAAACGCACUCUGUUUGUCUCAUUCAAUUGUUCAUGAAUUAUUUUUUGCAGAUCAUAAAUUUGCCUCCGCCGGACGAGAAGACGUUGACGUGCGCAUGCUCGGUAACGGUAUGUUGGCGCCACAUGUUUGUUCAAGCUAACUCAGAUACGCACAUUGGAACAUUAGAUUCUACUCAUAGAUGAUUGUCUCGGUAGUACAGCAUCAAUUAGUUGCGGUUGUUGCUUAGCCCUUUUUUUAUUCUUAGUUUGUUCUACACUUGUUUUAAAGCACAAGGCAUCGUUUCAUUAUUCCUGAUGAAUUUGGUUUCAUGUGGCCAGUAAGUGAGUAUGUCCUUAUUAUUGCUAGUUUCUGAGACCAAUGGUUAGAUUCCCUUCAAAAUCUCAAAUUUUUAGGCUUACUUUAAUCAAGUUCUUUUAAUGCAGCUCACCUUAGGAUAUUAUUGUUUUGAUAAUAUUUUACAGAUAGAAGGAAGAUCGUUUCAGAGUUUAAUUGUCUUGAUCUUCUAGGGCUCGAACCUAGAUGUUACAGUCCAGAAUCUGUUACCCCUUACCGUGCCUUCUACGACUUUUAAUGCGAGUAUAUGUUCAAAAUCACAGGAAGGCCCUUUCUGGUUGAACUGAUCAAUCCGCGCAUUACUCGUCUGAAGGAGUCUUUCUUCGCUGAACUUCAAAGAGAAAUAAACUCUUCAUGUUCCGACGUUGCCAUCAGAGACCUCCAGCAGGUUACAAAGUAAGUGAUCAUGUAGCCAUACGUUAUUUUAUUUUACAGAAAUUCCAAGUGCGUAUUCUUUAGAUUAAGUCGAAGUUGUUUUCACUGUACGUGUAGAGAGUUUUGUUAUUGAGAUUGCCGCAACUUUAUGUUGUAGGGAGCAGUGUCUCGCCCUGAAAGACGCGGAAACAAACAAGACUAAAACUUAUCGGUAAGUCAACAACAAUUCGUGGUGGGGUUACAUAUGAUAACGCAAAUUUUUUACAAUCCCGCUAACUAGAAAAAAAGAAAGAAAAAAAAACGCGUGAAGAGACGGGCAAAACGUUUGAGUCUAGACUCCAAUCCCUACCAUCCCCUCCCCCCUACCUCUUCCGAUUCCACUUCCUUGAAAGGAAUAUUGAUGCUUCUCCUUAAACUGCUUCUCUGUCUGCAGGGCGUUGAUAUGGACUGAAAACGAAGUUACUGAAGAACAGCUUCAGAAACUUAAUGACAUGAAGGUAGAGCUUUUUCUUCCAUCUAUUUAAACUAUGAUCAUGAGCGGUAACUUCGCCGCACACAGUGUAUGGUUUGAAUAACUAACUUCUUCCUGGUGUGGGAUUGUCAUGUUAAUGACCGAAAGAGACCUCGGGGAGUUAAAAACUAACUUUACGUAAUUAGUCCUGUAAGAAAUAUGCUGCACUUUCUAAUUGUUUUACUGGUAUCGACUACAUAGGCAAAAGGUUUUUCACCAAUCAUAAUUCAAAUAGUGUGUCAUUUUAUCGCAGUUCUUCGUAACCAUCCCUACAAAACAAAACGUUUCUGAUUUGUGGACACGAUUUUCGGAUGACACACCUGUGAAAAAACCGUGGGUAGCAAAAGAAAAUAUCGUAGGAACUUGUCAUAAUGGAGUAACUUUUUCAUAAAUUAUCUUGCCUGCACAGAGUUUCAAUUAAAUCGACAACUGAUUAAUUAAGAUUAUUGGAGUCUAACUUUAUUUUCUGUUCCUUCACAUAGGAUGUAAAGAUUUAUCAGAAAACUCCUUUGCGUGUAUUGCACAGGUGAGUGAUUACUUUCCUUUAUGUUGAAGUGUAUCUGUCUAUCUGAAUCUCAAGAUGUUUAGCCUUUUUUAUAUUAAUCCUGAUGUUAGGGUGUUAGAGGGUUGAAAUACUUGAUCAGGCUUGUAAAUAAUCAACUGCUUAACCCCUGCUUGGGAAGUUUUUAAAUCAUGUUACAUUUACUUUUGGUAUUUUUUUUUAUGUUUAAUCGAGUGUCGCAGCUGUUAACUACAUGUAGUUGUAAAGCUUACUGCACCUCCCUGUUUGGAAGGAAAGGUUGAUUAGCGUUAAAACGUCUUAAGGUUCUUUUUUUAUUUUUUUUUUGGUUUGUAGGCGUCCUUUGGCUGUGAGGGAGCGAUACAUUUUUAGCAUGAAAUCAGAACGGAUCGACUCCAAUCACUGGAAUCUCUUUCUUAAAACCCAGGCAGGAACGUAUCCUAAUGCCCUAACAUCCGCUUUCCUCGUGAACAUUAAUUUACUGGGAAGGCUGUCGAAGGAAGUUCGGCAUGUUACAUUUAGAAUUGCACUUGUUUACAAUGAUACGGUAUAACGAGUGAUAGCAGAAGACGUUUUCCUUAACUUUUGUCAAGUUAUAUCAAAGAGUUUGUUCAUGGAGACUUCGGAAGAACGAAACCAAGCUUGGGAGAUUUAUUAAACGCUGAAACGGACAUUUUAGAACUGGAUGUAGAGGUAGGAUUGUAAUGAUUACUUAAAGUUAAUGUGUGACUUCAACAACUUGGUAACUCUGAUGAGAUGAAACUGAUAAUGCUUCGGUGUGGUGUACUGAACAUAUGCAUUUCAUUGGGAAUAAAGUCCCCUCGCGAACCACAAAUGCCCCGUUAUCGUUCUCAUUACACUCAAGAUGCCUAUCACUUUUAAACUUAUUACAUGGCCGAGCUCACGAACAUCUGAAACCAUACUCGCAUCACAGCAAAUUGGUAGGCAUAAUUAAACCGUCAAAAAUGCUUUUGUUUUCUAAUUUUUGAUUUGUUUUUGUUUUCAGUCAGUGGAUGUCGACUGGCCUCCAAGGAAAGAUGAUAACAGUGCAUCAAACGACAAAAGUUAACUUGGUUGUCGAAUGCCUCCUAAUUUUUAUACGCGAACCGCUAGUCAGAGAGUCUGGUCAGCAUUAAAAACAUUUGGCGUCACCUCAUAUCAGGCAAAAUGGCGGAGUGCUGUGGAGGCGUUUUGCGUCGCGAUAAACCAAAAGAAGUAAGACGAUCACGACGACGAUAACGUUACGAUGAUGAUGACGAUGAUGACGAUGAUAACGAUGACUCUGAAGAUGAUGACGAUGACGAUGAUGACGAUGACUCUGAAGAUGAUGACGAUGACGACGGCCAAUAAUGAUGACGAUGAUGAUGAUAAUUCAUGGUGUCAUGAGAGUAGUAUCAGCGAGCAUUUGCUAAUGAGGCUAUAAUUGGAAACAAAGAAUUGUUCCUAGAGCAAGCUUCCGAAAACAAGAAGCUAAUGAAUUACAACCCUGUGCUUAGGAUUUAUCUUAUAUAGUUUGUCUUGAAGACGCGCCCUUAAAACGAAUCAGAAGACCUAUUUGCUCAGAUAAUUCUUUUUUGUUUUGUAUUUGAUGUUUGAAACACAUAUACAUCAGUCAAACAUGUUGUUUACUUUCCCGUCUGGCAACUACCGAUUACAAAAUAUACUUGCAGACGUCUAAACGAUAACAACACCAUUCUUGUAUUCGGGUUUUGCCUAUACUUAGGGUAAAAUAAGUCUUAAUAUUGCAGUCAAAGGUGCAAAUAGUGUAAA